AUGGCUUCCGAAGAAGUCGACCUCUACGAGGUUCUAAACGUCCCACGCAGCGCGUCCAAGGCGGAGAUCAAGAAAGCAUACCACAAGGCCGCCCUCUCCUCACAUCCCGACAAGGUCGCUCCGGAAGAGCGGGAAGCGGCAGAUGUCAAAUUCAAGGGAAUUUCCCAGGCAUAUGAAAUCCUCAGUGAUGACGAAACCCGUGAAGCAUACGACCAAUACGGCAUGGCCGCCUUUGAAAAGGGCGGCGGGGGAGGUCCCGGCGGUCCGGAUCUCGACGACAUCCUCGCGCAAAUGUUCGGCGGCGGAAUGGGCGGGAUGCCGGGAAUGGGCGGUGGAUUCGGCGGGAUGGGUGGCAUGGGUGGACCACCCAAGCGAAGGAGGGGCAAGGGACGACCCGAGAUGCAACAGUAUGAGGUGACGCUGGAGGAGUUGUACAAGGGCAAGACCACCAAGUUUGCCAGCACGAAGAACGUCAUUUGCACGCACUGCUCCGGGUCUGGAGGGAAGAGUGAAAAGGUCAAGCCGAAGACUUGUGAUACUUGCAAGGGACAAGGUAUGGUUACGAGGUUACAGCCUGUGGGACCGGGGAUGGUUACGCAACAGACUGUUCCUUGCAAUACGUGUGAUGGACGGGGAAGCUUCUACGCUGAAAAGGACAAGUGCAAGAAGUGCAAGGGCGUGCGGACGAUCAAGCAGAAGAAGAUCUUGGAGUUGUAUGUUCCACGAGGCAGUAGAGAGGGCGAGCAUAUUGUGCUCGCAGGUGAGGCGGAUCAGGACCCUGAUGAUUCGGAGCCUGGAGACAUCAUCUUCGAACUGGUGGAGGAGACACACAAGACCUUCACCCGUGCAGGCGCAGAUCUGCAGGCGGAAUUGGAGAUCAGCUUGUCGGAGGCACUCACAGGUUUCAACCGUGUGGUCCUAAGACAUCUCGACGGACGCGGCAUCCAAUUGAAUGUCCAACAACCCGAAGGAAAAGUGCUGCGUCCAAAUGAGAUUCUCAAAGUCCCAGGCGAGGGUAUGCCCGUCAAGCGAUCUGACUCCCGAGGCGAUCUCUAUCUCACACUUAAGAUCAACUUCCCCGAAGACGGCUUCCUCAAAGACCAAGCUGCGAUCGAUCGCGUCCGGGCAGUUCUACCAAAGCCUCAAGAACUUCAAUUCGGACCUGGCGAGACUCCCGAAACGAUUGAUGAGGUGCAUGAUUUCGAAGUUCUGGAUACCAUGGAGGGAUUUGGAGCCAACUCGGAUGAUCCGAGAGCCGCGGGUGCGGAGUGGGAGGAUGAAGAAGAUGAAGGCCAGCCCGCACAAUGUGCUCAGCAAUAG